UAGCUUGUAGAGAGUUGAAUAAUGGGAAUGGGAUUCUGAAAAAAGAAUAGAAAGGAGCAGUUUGAGAGAGAGAGAGAGAGAGAGAGAAGAAAAAUAAAAGGAAGAGAGAGAGAGAAUCUGGUGGGCUUUGAGCUGUGAUUUAGCUGUCUUUUGAUGUGUAAUCUCUCUCUCUCUAUUUCACUGGUACAAACUACACAAACACACAUCUCCAAAAUCCCUAGAAAACAGCCCCCACUCCCCUCCCAACCCCUUUCUUCCUCCUCAAACCCCAAACCCCCAAAAACUCUCUCUCUUUCUCUCUCUUCUUUCCUACAUUUUCUUCCUCUCAGAUCUCAAGGUCCCCAAAACCCCAUUUGCAAUCUCAGCAGAGAAAAGAGAGAGAAACAAAGGAAAGGGUUUUUCUUUUUCUUUUUAAAUUUUCCUUCUUUUUUUUUUGUGAGCUAUAAGCUUAAACAAAUUUAAAGUGGCAUUUGGAGAUUCAGAUGUCUCAUGUGAGAUGAAGAAGAAGACCACCCUCCUUGAUCUCUCACUUCUUCUCAUCACCUUCGUUCUCGCCUCCUCAUCACUCUCUGUCGUCUGUGGUGCUCAGGAGCACCACCACCAUAACGGCAUUAUCAGCCAUGGAGCUCUCUCCCACGCCGAAGCCCUCUACAUCAAGCAGCGCCAGCUCCUCUACUACAGGGACGAGUUCGGCGACCGAGGCGAGCUAGUCACCGUCGACCCAUCUCUGGUUUUCGAGAACCAGAGAAUCAGAAAUGCUUACAUAGCUUUACAAGCUUGGAAGCAAGGCAUUCUCUCCGACCCGCUUAAUCUCACCGGUAAUUGGGUCGGAUCUAAUGUCUGCAACUACACCGGAGUCUUCUGCACAAAAGCCCUAGACAACAGCUCCAUCCGAACCGUAGCUGGGAUUGAUCUUAACCAUGGCGACAUUGCUGGGUACUUGCCUGAAGAGCUUGGGCUGCUUGCAGAUCUCGCAUUGUUCCACAUCAACUCCAACCGCUUCUGCGGGACUGUGCCUCACAAGUUCAAGCAGCUCAAGCUGCUCUUUGAGCUCGAUAUCAGCAACAAUCGGUUUGCUGGGAAGUUUCCUCGGGUUGUUCUUCAGCUGCCAAAGCUGAAAUUUUUGGAUCUGAGGUUCAAUGAGUUCGAAGGGACUGUGCCCAAGGAGCUGUUCGACAAGGACUUGGACGCCAUUUUCAUCAACCACAACAGGUUCAGGUUCGAUCUGCCGGACAACUUCGGGAACUCGCCGGUCUCCGUCAUCGUCCUCGCAAACAACAAGUUCCACGGCUGCGUUCCGGCGAGCCUGGGCAACAUGUCGAACCUCAACGAGAUCAUUCUGAUGAACAAUGGGUUCAGGUCCUGCUUGCCGGAGGAGAUUGGGAUGCUCAAGAACUUGACGGUGUUUGAUGUGAGCUUCAACCAGUUCUUGGGUUCGCUGCCGGAGACGAUUGGAGGGAUGGUGAGCUUGGAGCAGCUCAAUGUGGCCCACAACUUGCUGUCUGGGACGAUUCCGGCGAGUAUUUGCUCGCUGCCGAGGCUGCAGAAUUUCACUUACUCUUACAACUUCUUCACCGGCGAGCCCCCGGUGUGUCUGGGCUUGGCGGGUUUCGAUGAUACGAGGAAUUGCUUGCCGAAUAGGCCGGCGCAGAGGCCGGCGGCGAAGUGUAAGUCGUUCUUGUCUAGGCUUGUGGAUUGUAAGUCUUUUAGAUGUAAACCUUUUGUUCCUUCUUUGCCUUCUCCUCCUCCGCCUUCGCCGCCGCCUGUUGCGGUUCCUUCACCGCCUCCCCCGGUUGCUUUACCCCAAUCACCACCCCCCCCCCCGCCUCCAGUUUACUCACCACCCCCACCACCGCCUCCAGUUUACUCACCACCCCCACCACCGCCUCCAGUUUACUCACCACCCCCACCACCGCCUCCAGUUUACUCACCACCCCCACCACCGCCUCCAGUUUACUCACCACCCCCACCACCGCCUCCAGUUUACUCACCACCCCCACCACCGCCUCCAGUUUACUCACCACCCCCACCACCGCCUCCAGUUUACUCACCACCCCCACCACCGCCUCCAGUUUACUCACCACCCCCACCACCGCCUCCAGUUUACUCACCACCCCCACCACCGCCUCCAGUUUACUCACCACCCCCACCACCGCCUCCAGUUUACUCACCACCCCCACCACCUCCGUCACCGCUACCCCCACCGCCACCACCGCCACCGCCACCUCCCCCAUCACCAUCACCUCCACCGCCAUCGCCAUCACCACCACCACCAAUUUAUCCGUAUCCAUCACCUCCACCUCCCGUCCAUUCCCCACCUCCCCCAGUGUACCAGUCCCCUCCACCACCACCACCACUUUGUAUGGAGCCACCCCCUCCACCUUCGCCACCACCACCAUGUAUUGAGUACUCACCACCACCACCACCACCAACUCCCAUUGUGUACUUGCCCCCACCUUCACCCUCACCACCACCUCCUGUCUAUUCUUCCCCACCUCCACCAGUCUACCAGUCCCCUUCCCCACCACCACCGUCGCCACCGGUUCACUACAGUUCACCACCACCGCCAAUUGUUUAUGAAAGCCCACCGCCCCCCACUCCUGUAUAUGAGGGCCCAUUGCCACCCAUCUUUGGAGUUCCAUACGCGUCUCCUCCGCCACCACCCUUCUAUUGAUGAUUCUUUUGAGAAUUUUCCUCCUCUAACCUUUCCUGGAGCGUCACAUCACACAAAACUACCCAGAGUCAGUAUUGGAAGUCACGGCUUCUCUUCCCUCCCCACACCAACUCUUCUUUCUCUUUUGGGCAAUUCUCGUCGCUCGUGGAGGAAGAACAAAAAGAAAAAGAAAAAGAAUGAAAUUUGGGAUUGUAUGCAAUUCUUGAAGUUAAUCACCAUUUCGGCAACUGCCAACAAAUGUCUCAAGAAGCAGAGAAGAGGUGAAAGCAUAGAUGUAAUAUCAUCAGUAUAGAGUGAGAGAGAGGUAAGAGGAGAAAGUCUCUCCCAUAUUUAUUUGAAUUUGUUAUGGAUAUUUGAGUUGUGAAAAUAAAAAUGGCAGAGAAACAUUGGGUUGCAGAGAAUGUGUAUGUAUAGGGAUGCAUUUGGAGACCGUAAUUCAGGCUACAAACACAGCA